UAACAAGAAAAACAAGAAUUGUUAAUCAAACUUUGUACAGUGAGAAAGUAAAUAGUUGUUUUUCUAGUGAUAUGUAUACGUUACAUCGAGUUUCUUCUGUUUAUUUUAUUUAUAUUUGAGUUUUUUUUUUUGUUUUUCUUCUCCUCACCAAAGUUUCGUUACUCAUUCCUUAUACUCCGUUGCAAUAUCCAAAGAUUCAUAUAUGUCCGAGCAUUGAUGUGCUAAUUAAGAUAAUCGGUUGUAAUUGUAGUCGAAUUUAAGUUGUACGUAAAAUGUGUGAUUUCAAAUUGUGCGGGAUUUAAAUAGACUUGGUUUGAAAUUGAGAAACGAGAAUAAAAGAGAGGGAUAAAAUUAAUGAGUAUUUCGUGCCGUUUGUUGGUCGUUGUACGGUAGUUGUUUUUUUUUUUUUUUUCUUUUUUUAUUUUUAUUGUUUUUUCUUCCGGUUAUCCAAAUAUCAUCAACACUUGUACGUUUUUAUAAUUGCAAAAAACGUGAUUCAAUUCUCCUCACCCACGCACCUCAGUUUUGCCAUUUGGAUUUAUUAUUUCACCUCGUCUAUGUACGAACACUUCGACGUUGCUGCUCGAAUACUGUACUGCGAUCCUUGAUACGCAUCUUCGUGGAGACUGCAAAACAGUUUAACACGUUUGGCCGCUAACUCCGACCGCUACACAGCUUCGUGACUUCGCGGGCUUUUCGGUGAGAAGGUUGAAUCGUUCUUUCGUUCUUCCGGCGCCGAUGACGAAGAGAAUAAUACCAUUCGGACAAGUGAUUGGCCGGCGAGGGUCGCGAAACACCUGGCACUCACUACGUCGCCGCAUUUCAAACUUUGACUUACAAGAAAAAGGCAGCUGCCACCGUUUGUUGUAAAAAAAAAACGAAAUUGACAAACGAUUAUGAAAAUGGACGUGCAGGAAGAUUCCUGCGGUAUCAAGAUCAAGGAAGAGGCCAAGGAGUGCUUGUCGCCGACCAGUACCACUCACGCACCGUCUGUUACGGGGGCGAAUAACGCCCCCAAUGCCAAAACCAUAAUCAGCUACACGCCGGCCUCAAAACUCACACCGACGACGAAUAACAACCCCGAGCCUUCCCCAGUCAACCUGAACCUCAAACCGAGGAGCAAAGGUGGCAGCCAACCGUCAAAGGAACGGGUUUUGGAGGAAGCACCAGCUUCCGCAACGACGGAGACAAGAUCAACGUCACCGGGUUCGCAAAGGGCGUCGACGCAGUCUUCGAGUAUCACAAGAUCGUCAGGGACGCAUGAAGCGUGCAGAACCGGAGGUUCCAGGUCGCCGGAAAGCGAUAGUCCUCUACCGCAGACGACGAAGCUGGAGAACGGAGAGUCCAUAGUCGGCAGGCUUCUGACCGUGAAUGUCGUCCACGAGGAAGUGUCUCCAGGUGCGAUUAGCAAUGGCAUCGGUCCAUCCGGGGGUUCCGUAUCGCGUGUGCCGCACGCCAAGCUCAAAAGGCUUCUGGGAACGCUGGUCCAAUUUGCGAGCGACAUUUCACCGGAAACCGGAGACACUGUCCGUAGUCUGGUUCUCAGCGUUCUGAGCGGAUCCAUGACGGCUGAAGAAUUUCACGGGGCUCUUCAGGAUGCCACGAAUUUUCCCCUCAGAGGAUUCGUCCUUCCUUAUCUCAAGCACACUCUGCCUUCGCUUCAGAGGGACCUGACUAACGCCGCUAGAGCCAACAACCAGACGUCUGUGCAGUACCUGCGCUCAAACGAGGCAGCGGUUCUGGAGGCGGCAGGUUUCAGUCCCGGAGAGGCUGGCGAGGUCUUUGGAGAACGAAAUAGCGCCGGUUCAGGCUGCCUCUUUCCUACGUACAACAUCGCCUCGACCGGUGCCGCAAAUUCCAGCAACCCCAAUAACUCCGGGAGCAGCACGGGUGCUGGACAAGCUCCCGUACUCCAUGGCGGUAAUCAACACUCUGGUGCAACGAGCAUCCACCAUUAUCCUGGUCCGCCGCCACCGCCAUCAUCGCAUUCUUUGAAACGUCGAGCAUCCGACACACCGUACUACGAAAACGGUGGAGGACCUCUAUUCGACGACGGUCCUCUUUACGGUAAGCGGCCAAUGAACCCGUGGUCCAGUCACCAUCCACUCCACCACCAACGACAGCAGCAGCAACAGCAACAGCAAGUAGACGCUUACUGCUGGUACCAUCCUCUUCAGAUCCCGGGUAACAGCGGAGGCUCGCUGCAGGGCCAUCAGCAGUCCUCGAUGCCGCCUUCACUUGUGCAAAUAAAUCAUUUGGCGGCAUCGUCGACUAUCUCAUCAGCGCCUCACCUCGUUCAUCAACAGCAGUGGGCCGUCAGCGGUAAUUCCCAGGGAGUUUCCGGUCUGCCAAACGGAUCCUGCCCCGCUGCAGCAACCGCCCUUGACGAUGAGUGGAAGAACAUCCACGUUAUGCUGAACUGCAUCCUCGGCAUGGUCGAGAAGACUAAGCGAGCCCUUGCCAUCCUCCAGCGACGGGGAUGUCCUAGUCCCGCGACACCGGUGACGACGGUGACCACUUCCGGUAGCAAUUCGCAGAACAACGGACCGGCUAUAAAUACCAGCUCGCAGUCGGAAUGCGGUGGAAACGACCGGGAUAACAGUUUGAAACGCAUAUCGGGGGAGAUCGUCGCCCAAACUAUUCGAGCUACGGAGGAUAGAGUAGCGGAAGUCCAACGGAGAGCUGAGGAGGCGAUGCUCGAAGCUAAGCGAGCAGCCGUUGCCGAAGUUCAGAGAGCGAUUGCGGCUGCUGCUGCGGAGACGAGGGCAGCCGAGCGUCUUCGGGUUCAUCAUCGCUUCUUCGAACCACCGAUGCAAAGGAGCCACGGAGGUCACGGUCACGGUCACGGAAUGGCACACGGGCCGCUUCUCCGGGUCGUCGACACGACGACCUGCUCGACGACGACCGCGACGACAACCGCGACCACGACGACAGCGAGCAAUGCGCUAACCGGGGGAGCCAGAGACGAGGAGAUCAAGGAACCGCAGCCAGCAGUCGCCGGAUCCAGUUGCUGGAACUGCGGCAGACAGGCGUUGGAGACCUGCGGUGGAUGCGGAAUCGCCAGGUACUGCGGACCCUUCUGUCAGCACCGGGACUGGGAGGCCGGAGGUCAUCAUGCAACCUGCAAUCCGCGACGACCAACGCCACCACCACCACCUCCUCUGCCUCCACCACCGGCUCCAAGAUCCGCUUCCCGGAGUCCGACAGCCUCUUCCGGUGGUACGGGAACAGUUGUGGGUACUUCCGGGUCUUCGACAACCGCUGCCGCCAGUACAGCGUCUGGUCACACUGGCAAGGGGAAAUGACGCAAUAACAGAAAAUAUGCCACUUUGUUACGUAGCGCUCGCAGAAAUAUGACGGAAAAAAAUUAGUUGUCGUUGAUGUCGGGGGAGAAAUUGAUGAAGAAUGCUGGAAAAGAUUAAUUGGGAUCGUUUGAGAGAUAAUGUGCGAUGUAAAAAUGAGGUUAUCGGUUGGUUAACCAUCUGUGGUAAUAAUGAGGUAACUUUUUCAUUUUAUUAUUGGGAUCCAACAUGUUGUCGUAGCUGAACAAUAUGGCACACGUGUAUAAGACAGCAUUCAUCGACACAUUUGAGAAGAGAAACCUCCGUGUGAACUAUUUGGACUUUUAUUUUGUCACGUUGAGGACGAUGCCGUAGUCAGUCUAUAUCGACCGAGCGUAAUGUUAUUUAUUUUGAAUAUUUUAAAAGCAUAUCUAUCGUUAACCAGAGAAAGUCAUAGCUAGCGCAGUUCUAUAUGCAAUGUCAAACAUAAAUAUCCAACAAAAAAUGGCUUACGCAACAAUAAUACGAGAUAAUUUAUUCUUCUAAUUAAAUAGCCACUAGUUGCAAAUUCUUUUGUGAUAUUCUUGCAUGAAACAAAAGAAAUUUUCACAUUUUUCUUCACUAUUGUAUUUAGAAUUGCGCCAUCUGUGGUACCUUACGACUUUGAUGGUAGUCAAAAUAUACACAGUGAAAUUUUACUCGAUCGGUAAAGAGUAAUUCUAUCGUCCUCUUAAUAUAGAGUAAACAAUACGAUGCACCGUAGAAGUUGCAGGAUCCCAAUAUAAAUAUUGUGUAUAGGUAUAAUUUAGUCUGUUUAUAUCUGAUCGUUCCUGCUAUCAAUACUAUUAUGUUUUAAAUUUCAUAUUAAUAAAAUUAAAUCAAGAUAUAAAUAUAUACGUACAAUAUAUUAAGUAGGUAGAAGAGAAAGUGAAAAUAAAAAUUAGAAAAAUAAGUAAAAAGAAAAACGAAAAAAAAAACACUCGAAUCUAACUGUGGUUUACUUGUUUAUAUUAACGUUACGUAAGAUCACGAAUUUGAUGAUAAAAAAAUUUCUAUUGAAUCCACGUACUAGUCAAUUUGUAGAUUAUAAAUAGAUAAUUAUAUACAUACGAUACACUAUAUUAUCUGGGUAAUUAUACGAAUUUGUACGUUUGAGGGUUCUAUAUUCUCAGAUUUUAUAAUUUCAUUAGGGAAAAUAUACGUUGGACAUGCUGGAAAGAAACUGAUAUGUUACGAAUAAUAUAAAUAUUAUUUAAGUCGUCUAGUCAGAAAGAUAAAUAAAUAAUAUUAUAUCAUGAAUCUAUAUUAUAUAUAUAUAUAACUUAUAUAUAUAUAUACACAUACACAUGCAUACGUACAUAUACAUUAUUCAACCGCAUUUCGCACAUACUAGGAAACUUUGCUCAACGUAGACUAUACAAAGUACUGGAAAAUUUUCUCCUUGAAUAUUACUACUUACAAUUAGAUUGCGCCAGCAAUCCUUUGUAGUAUACGUAUAUAAUUAUACGUAAAAUGUGUUUACGAAAUAAUUAAAUACACUCGUCAG